AUGACGACACGGUCGCCACUCACCACAACUGCUCUCCCUCGCAUUGUCUCCAAUGCUGGCCGUAGACACAAGUACCUGACCUACCGUGUCAAAACUGUUUGUACUGUAUGUGACGCCAACUCGAGCAUACCGAAAAGGCGGAUCUGGUCCCUUGUUUGUGGGCCAAGAAGCCAAGACCGGUUAUCGAUGGGGAAGCUUUUUGCGGGCCAGUGGGGCUUGAGCCGAAUGUAUCCUUCGGGCGGCCAUGUCUCGGGCCAGUCCAACCGGCCGUUGAGCCGCCCGGCCCAUGCGCUCACAUACGAGCAGGUAGCCGCUGAGCUCGAUGCGGAUGUUCUGUCCGGCCUCCCCGCUCACGAAGUCAAAGUCCGGCUCGAGCAGUAUGGACGAAACGACCUCGGCGAGGAGGAAGGCGUGCAGCCCCUCAAGAUUGUUGUCGCGCAGAUCGCCAAUGCCAUGACUUUGGUGCUUAUCCUCGCCAUGGCCGUCAGCUUCGGCAUCAAGUCUUGGAUCGAGGGCGGCGUCGUCGCUGCCGUCAUCAUUCUCAACAUCGUCGUCGGUUUCUUCCAGGAGUACUCGGCCGAGAAGACCAUGGACUCCCUCCGCUCGCUCAGCUCGCCCACUGCCACUGUCGUCCGCGGCGGCGAGGCCAUGGUCGUGCCCUCCGGCGAAGUCGUCCCGGGAGAUCUGGUUGAGGUCAAGAUGGGUGACACCAUCCCUGCUGACAUCAGGCUGAUCGAGGCCAAGAAUUUCGAGACCGACGAGGCCCUCCUGACUGGCGAGUCCUUGCCCGUCCGCAAGCGCGAAAACGCCACCUUUGACGACAACACUGGGCCCGGCGACCGGCUCAACGUCGCCUACAGCAGCUCGACCGUGACCAAGGGCCGCGCCAAGGGCAUUGUCUUCGCCACCGGCCCCUACACCGAGAUUGGUGCCAUUGCUUCUGCCCUCAACCAGAAGGAACGCCGCGUGCGCCCGGUCAAGCGCAAGCCCAAUGGCAAGGCCGGCCCUCACCGUUACCUCGAAGCGUACACGCUCACCCUCGGCGACGCCAUCGGCCGAUUCCUGGGCGUCAAUGUUGGCACUCCUCUCCAGCGCAAGCUCAGCAAGCUCGCUAUGGUCCUGUUCGGCAUCGCCGUCAUCUGCGCCAUCAUCGUGCUAGCCGCCAAUCGCUUCGACACGCCGCAGGAUGUCAUCAUCUACGCCGUCGCUACCGGUCUCUCCAUGAUCCCGGCCUCUCUCGUCGUCGUCCUGACCAUCACCAUGGCGGCCGGCACCAAGCGCAUGGUGCAGCGCCACGUCAUCGUCCGCAAUCUCAAGAGUCUCGAGGCCCUGGGCGCCGUGACCGACAUUUGCAGCGACAAGACCGGAACCCUGACCCAGGGCAAGAUGGUCGCCCGCGGAGCCUGGAUCCCCGGGCUCGGCACCUACACGGUCGAGCUCACCUCUAGCGAGCCUUUCAACCCGACCAAGGGUGGCGUCCGCUUCGACUCCCGCGAGCCGCACGAGAUCAACUUCCGCCCCCGCUCCGGCAGGGAAGAAAAGGAGGAAGCGGGCGAGAAGGCACAGGUCUCUUCCCCGCUCGAACUCCUCGGUGCCAGCAAGUCCCGUCUGCAGGAGUUCCUCACCGUCGCCUCCCUGGCCAACGUGGCCACCGUGUUCGAGAAGGAGGGCACCUGGGUAGCCCGCGGCGACCCGACCGAGAUCGCGAUCCAGGUGUUUGCCAGCCGUUUCGGCAAGAACAGGCUGGACGUCAUGAAGGCGGACGACGGCAAGACCCCCGAGUGGGAGGAGGUUGCCGAGUACCCGUUCGACAGCGACAUCAAGCGCAUGAGCGUCAUCAUGAAGCACAACGCGACCGGAGAGCACUUCGCCUUCACCAAGGGCGCCGUCGAGAGGGUCAUUCGCGUCUGCACCAAGUACCACACCGAGGACGCGCCGGCCGGUUCCGAGGGCGGCGUGGCCGAGAUGACGGACGAGUUCCGACAGCAUAUCCUGUCCAACAUGGAGGUGUUUGCCGGGCUCGGGCUGCGCGUGCUGGCGCUGGCGAGCAGGAAGCUGGACGCGGCCAUGGGUGCCAACGAGGACACGGACCGCAACGAGGUCGAGCGGGACCUGACCUUCCUCGGCCUCAUCGGCCUCUACGACCCGCCCCGCCCGGAGUCGGCCCCGGCCGUGCGCGAAUGCCACGAGGCCGGCAUCUCGGUGCACAUGCUGACGGGCGACCACCCGGAGACGGCCAAGGCGAUCGCCAUCGAGGUGGGCAUCCUGCCCAAGGCGAUGCACCGGGUCAGCGCCGAUAUCGCGGCGGCCAUGGUCAUGACGGCCGCGCAGUUCGACGCCCUUUCCGACGCCGAGGUAGACGCCCUCCCCGUGUUGCCGCUGGUGAUUGCGCGGUGUGCGCCGAGCACCAAGGUGCGCAUGAUUGACGCCCUGCACCGUCGGGGCAAGUUUGUAGCCAUGACGGGCGACGGCGUGAACGAUUCCCCCUCCCUCCGCCGCGCGGACGUGGGCAUCGCCAUGGGCCAAGCCGGUUCCGACGUGGCCAAGGACGCCUCCGACAUUGUGCUGACGGACGACAACUUCGCCUCGAUCGUGGCCGCCAUCGAAGAAGGCCGGCGCAUCUUCGACAACAUCCAAAAGUUCGUCCUCCACGUCCUCGCCGAGAACGUGGCCCAGGCGGCGACGCUCCUGGCCGGCCUCGCCUUCAAGGACAACACGUCCCUGUCCGUCUUCCCCCUGGCGCCGGUCGAGAUCGUCUGGAUCAUCAUGAUCACGUCGGGCCUGCCGGACAUGGGCCUGGGCUUCGAGCGCGCCGUGCCCGACAUCAUGCGCCGCCCGCCGCACUCGCUCAAGACGGGCAUCUUCACCUUCGAGUUCCUGCUCGACAUGGUCGUCUACGGCCUGUGGAUCGCCGCCCUCUGCCUGUCGAGCUUCGUGCUCCGCGUCUACGCCUGGGGCGGCGGCAACCUGGGGCAGAACUGCAACGACAGGCUCCACGAGGGCUGCGAGACGGUCUUCCGCGCGCGCGCCACCACGUUCGCCUGCCUCACCUGGUUCGCCCUCUUCCUCGCCUGGGAGGUGGUCGACGUCCGCCGGUCCUUCUUCCGCAUGCAGCCGGGCAGCAAGAAGUACCUGACCCAGUGGUUCCACGACGUCUGGCGCAACCAGUUCCUCUUCUGGGCCGUCGUCUUCGGCUUCGUCUCCCUCUUCCCGACCCUCUACAUCCCCGUCAUCAACACCGUCGUCUUCAAGCACAAGGGCAUCAGCUGGGAGUGGGGCAUCGUCUUCGUCGCCGCCGCCCUCUUCUUCGCCGGCGUCGAGGCCUGGAAGUGGGCCAAGCGCGUCUUCCUCCGCCGCCGCGCCCGGAAGCGGACCGGCCGGCUGUGGAAGGACAUGGAUAUCGAGGAGCGCGUCUUUGGCGAGUACCUCUCCGGCUACGAGAGCUCCGAGGGCAUGGUUGCUGCCGCCGACGGGCGUGAUUGACUAAGAAGGGGCGGGAAGCCCCGGGUGAUGAAGAAGACGAAGGCUGUUGUUGCUGUGGAGAUGUUGGUGGUGACUGUGGAGAUCUUGGUGGUGGUCGGAACGGACGCCGCGGCGGUUACCGCUGGUGGCGAUGAGGUGCGUGUAGGAGGAGGCGAUGGCGCGGUGGUGGCCAUCGCUGGGGGGGAGAAGGCGGCAGAGGAGCAGGUGGCGGCGGCGGCGGUGGCCCUCGGCCGGUGGACGCUGCCCGGCCUGGGUGCAGACCGUCGCGGACAAAAGGUGGAAGAGGAGGUCUGCAGGCGCUGUGGAUGUAGAUCUCUGUCUGACAAGGUAGGUGACGUAGCUAGACAUAUCAUAGCUCGGCUAGGCUGCCAAUUCAACGUUAUGUCUCGGCCGAGAAUAAUACUUCGCGACCCAGAUUCUGUGAAAUCAUGUAAUAAUUAUGCUCGAUAGAACGGCGAUCCUAGCAGUGAGAACACUGCUUCCUGUAUUAAAAGAUGGCCGGCAGUUUUCCCCAUAUAGAUUUGACAGAUUCGAUAAUCGUAUACCGUGCCUGUGAUUGUCUCACAUCGACAUGGCCGAGGGCAUGUAAUCAAAAGGGAGUAGUGAUUGAUGAAAAUCAGACAAUUACCUCCUCUGCCCGGUUAUCUACAAUACAUACACGCACCAGCACAGCACAAACAGUUCAGCACUUCCAGCCCCUCCCUCUCACGCGGCCAGGGAGCCGACGGCAGCGCCGACGGAGGCGACCCAGGCGGCCAGGUCGACGGUAAGGGUGCGGAGGCGGUUGAUGCGGAGCCAGGCGUCGAGCGUGGCGUUGGCGUCGGUGCUGCUGUCCUUGUCCGCGUCGAUGAUGGCCUUGAUGGGGGGCGCGACGAGGGGGACGAAGAGGAGGUGGGCGGUCGAGAGGGCGGCGGUGGCGACGUAAUACCACCAGCCGGACGAGCGGCUGGCGAUAUUAAGGGUCGGGCGGCGGGCGUAAUAGAGGUUGGCGACCGAGGACCAGGUGGUGACGGCCAGGCAGCCGACGACGAAGACGACGCCGCGGCGGAAGAAGGUGCCGAAGUAGGCGGGCAACAACGGCCCGCUCUUGGCCCGGCUCUCGGGCCGGUUGAGCAGGCCGAGGAAGAAGUCCUGGUCGGCGCCGUACAGCAGCGUGCACGUCGACGAGACCAGCGGGGUGACGCGCAGCAGUACGAUCGGGUCGAAGAUCAGGCGGGACGCCAUCCUCGCCGAGGAUUUAAUAUUAAUUAAUACUUUAAAUAAUUAUGAAAAUGCAAUGGAAACGAAUGAUCGGAGAUUGGUUGUCUGCUUCCGGGAACAGAUCUUUGUGUGUUGGUCUGAUCAGAUGGUGUCGUAUGUUUCGAUGGAUGUCCCCUGUGUCGGGUUGCGGCACUUUGGAAAGAUUAAUUGGAC